UUUUUGUUUUUUUGUUUUUUUUAAUGUGAUUGUGGGAGGAGUCAAAUUCAAACAAGUCGUCUGCACCUGAGAUUUAGACAAACAGGUGUCAAUGUCGUCAUUUACAUGUGAAACUACUAAACCAUCUUUAAAUCCAUAAAAUGGACAUUUACGCCCGAUUUUUUAAAGUCCGUGAAGGCAACACGGGAGCAUCCACCACGUGACGCUGUUUUUGGUUGCCAUGGAGACCGAGAAGGAAGCCAAUGAAGCUGUUGUUUCUGUGUCUGGACCUGAAAUAAACAACGUAAACUCGAGCUUGAACAUGGCCGACGCCUCCUAUCCCAGGUCCUACACCACUAACACUUCUCAGGAGAAUGAACUGUUGGCCAUCGCCGACAACUUCCACCGUCAGUUUUCUCACCUGCAUCCUGAACGCAAGCGGCUGCUGCUCUGCCCCGUCAACGAGUGUGGAGUAAAGAAGUUUGUGUCGACGACGAUACGACCUGCUCCCACGGAUCAUCCUGAACUGUAUAGCUGGCAGGGCUGUGCCUCGUUUGUGUCUGACUUCCUGACCCUGGAGCCUCUAGAGCUGCCCUACGACCCCCCCGCUCGUCUCUUCUCGUCCACACUCGUUAUGCAAAAUCAGAGAGCCACGAGUUUUGAGUACGCCGUCCUGCUGUGCGGUCUGCUGCUCGGCGCCGACUACGACGCCUACUGCGUCAGCGGCUACGCCCACCGAGAGAUGUGUCUGUUGGACCAGAGGUUGCAGGACUGCCCCCUGCUGGGCACUCAGGCGGAGAAGGUGGCGUCAGAACAUCAGUCCCCGCAGGACAAAUACACGGUGAGACCUCCACGGCAGCUAAAGAGUCACUUUGAGGAGCAGCUGCAGGAGAAGAAGAAGGAACAGGAGGCAGAAGCUGCCUCGCUUCACGAACAGGAAGUGGAGGAGCCGGGUGAGCAGCGACCCUUUGACCCCCUGUGGGUUCAUUGCUGGGUCCUGGUUCUGUCCGGGUGUCGCGGUGUCCAAGAGAACUUCUUCAUCGACCCUCUGAGCGGCCUCAGCUACAGCACUGACACUGCCAGCUUCCUGGGCAUCGAGAGCCUGUGGAACACCUUCAACUGCUAUGUCAACAAACAGGACUGUGGGCGGGGCUGCGGGGACGUGCUGUAUGACCUGGAGGAUGUGAACCUGUGGGAGCCGGUCAUCUACGGAGCAACAAGUAAAAAGGAGCUGAUGCUGGAAAUCGAGAAGGAUGAGCAGCGUUUGUUCUCUCAAUACAUAGAGGAGGACGAAGACGUGCAGCUGGCAGAGUACAAGGAAGAGGAGAAGGAGGAGGAGGAUGAGGAGGAGCCCCAGCCGUUUGCGAUGCCCACACCGUGGGUCACUUACAUCAACAUCACCAAUCAAGACCUGGAGACUCGUUUUCCCAGAGGACAGAAGGUGAAUCGCUACAGGAAAGCUAAGCUGGAGCAGUUUGUCCCGUACCUGAGGAUGGACGGUCUGGUGUCCCGACUGAGCCUCUACAAAGACCGGGACUGCACUGAGGUUGCCAUGGUGAAGGAGGAGUACCUGCACAGAUCUGAUCACCUGGAGCAGAGAGAGGUCAACAAGGUCGAAGACUUCACCACAGAUCGCUUCAAAAGAGGACGACGCUUCCAUCUCAUCUUCCACAGGUACCGGUCCAUGACGGUGGACAGUAUUCAUGAGAUGGAGUUCAGUGACGCGGCUCGUGUGGAUGAUCUGGUUUGGAGGGUGGUGACACCAGGAGAGAUGACGGAGACGUUCCACGCUCGACCGGACUUCCUGUACUACAGACGCUCCGUGUUCGGCCGACACGUCCAGUUCUCGCAAAACAAGGAGGCCGACCCGAAGAUCCACCUGGUUCAGGUGGUGGAGCGUUUCCAUAGAGACGAAUCCAAAGCAGCCAACGAGGACGUGGCAGAGCGCGUGUUCAUGAUGAGCGAGGGACGCAUCGACGUGACCUUUCACCUGCGGGAGCACAGGAUCAUCGCGCUGAAGAUGAGCUUCACCACGGCGGCAGAGAACACGCAGCAACGGAGAGGGGAGGAGCUAACACCUGCACAGAUGGAGUGUCUCAGGACUCCGACUCUGCGUGAGAUGACGUCUUUGAUGGCGGAUGAGGAUAAAGUGUCUGUCCACAUCAAAGAGUCCAUGAAAGAGGUGAGAGACAUUGUGUCCUGCAGAGAGAAGGAAGAGACAGACAUUUACCUCUUGUUUUCUCCAUGGACGACAGUAGGGGCCGCCAGAGCGCGCACGCAGAGAGAGGAAAUGGAGAGCCUGGCUGAGGAGGAGCACCAGUGGCUGCUGGAGAAGGAGAAGGACAUUCUGGCUCCGGUUCUGCUCCGACUGAGCAACCCGAGGACUCUGAGCGCCAAAGACGCCAAACACCUGCGUCAGGACUGUCUGAAUGAGUUCAGACACAGACUGGCAGAGAGACAGAACAUCAUCCUGCAACGCUUCGAGAAGGAGAAACAGGAGCUGCAGAUGAAACAGGAGUGGUACCAAAGGAACCAGCUGAACAUGACGGAGCAGGAGGAGGAGGAGUAUCAGAGAUCCUGCUGCGAGAAAACUCUGACCAUACACGUGAUCGAGAAACGACUGGACAUGCACAAAGAAGAAGCUCCGGCGAAGCUGCUGGAGUUUGAUCAUAAACUGAGAGAAGAUGAUCGUUUGGUUCGUCUGCUGCUCAAGUGUCCACACUGAGCUCAACUACAUGUCCCACAAUGCACCAGGGCUACACAAACAAUCCCUAAACACACUAAUAUGGGAAAAUAAUGCGAGAAAACAGGAAACAGAUGCAAAUGAUUAAAAUGUUCCUCAUAGUUUUCAGGUAUUGUUAAGGUUUUACAUUUAUGUCAGUAGGUGGCACUUUAGGUUAUAGAAGAGGAUCAGGGUGAUGCGUGAGAAUGUUUUUAGAAACAAAAAAAGAAGAAAAAAGCAAGAAUUCUAAGUCUGUGAAAAUAUUUCACAGAAUUUCAAAAUAAAAGUUUUUGUUUUGAUACGAAACAACAUAUGGUUCACAAUGAAAAAAUAUAAUUAUCAUUCAAAAUGAAUCUAUAAAUAACAGACAGU